GAUUACACUCCCUAUUCUGAACGACUUAAAUUGCGAAUUUAGUGUGAUGUGGAGGUAACAUUUAUGCAACCCGGAAACUAUUUCGAGCAAGGAUUUACUUCGGGCGAAUUUAACUUCUAAACGUGUAACUGGCAAGAUACUUAGCCCGUAGCAAGUAUGAAGAGUCGUCCUAAUAAUCGAAGGCCGGGUGACCCCCAAGGAAGCGACAUCGAAAGUACCGAACCUCUGAGACUCAACUUGAAAUCUUUUGAUGAUAUGCUGCCACACGUUGGAGAUUUUGGGUUUUAUCAGUGGCUCUUACUAGUCUCGUUAAUUCCAUAUUGUUUUACGUACUCUGUGCUUUAUUUUGGGCAAAUUUUCAUCACUUUGGUUCCUGAAACACAUUGGUGCCACGUUGAUGGAUUAGGAAACUUAACAAUCGAGGAAAGACGUAACGAGAAUAUACCACAGUUAAAUAAAGAUCCACCUUAUGACACUUGUCAACGGUGGAAUGACAGUAAUGCUAAGGACAACAGCUCUUUAGUGAGUUGUACCACUUGGGAGUAUAACUUGACGACGGUUCCGUACAUGAGCUUGGCUGCCGAGCUCGAUUGGGUUUGCGAACGUUCUUACUUGGUCUCCACUGCCCGAUCAAUAUUCUUCUGUGGAUCGAUCGUUGGUGGUAUACUCUUCGGAUGGCUUGCGGACCACAAAGGGCGAAUCCCCGCCCUCGUUAUUUGCAAUGGAGUAGGUUUACUUGCUACAGUAGCCACCGCCUAUGCUAAUUCCUUUUGGAGCUUUGCCUUAAUCAGAUUUUUCGCUGGACUAUCGUUUGACAACUGCAUCAACAUCCCUUUGAUUAUUGUACUGGAGUACGUGGCAGUGAACAAACGUAGUCUAGUCGUUAAUGGUGCCUUUGGAUUUUACUUUGCACUGUCUAGUACAAUUUUACCGUGGAUAGCCUACUUCGUCGCAGACUGGAGAAUUCUAUGCUAUGUGUUUGCAAUUCCACUUCUAAGUGCCAUAGUCACGCCAUGGAUACUUCCAGAAAGUGCCAGGUGGUACUUGGCCUCUGGUAUGGCAGACAAAGUUGUAACAAAACUCAAAAGAAUAGCACUAUUCAAUAAAAAGACUCCAGAUCCUGCUAUUUACGAUGCCUUUAUGACCAAUCAGGAGAAAGGGGACUGUGAGGAGCAAACGGCUACAGUCCUGGACUUAUUUAAAACACGACGCUUGGCAAAACAUACGAUUCUUGUGACUGUGUUCUGGGCACUGAUUGCAUUGGCUUUUGAUGGACACGUUUAUUCCCUGGAAUCGCUAUCAGAAUCCGUAUUUCUGUCAUUUACACUUACAAGCGCAACUGAGUUUCCUGCUGGGAUUCUUCUUAUUCUGAUAUUAGAUCGAUGGGGCAGACGUGCUUGCUCUUUCGUUCCAACAAUUUUGACAGCCGUUUGCAGUUUUUUAAUGAUAUUCAUAACGACAGGUACUGCAUCAUUGGUACUUGCAGUGACUGCUAGGUUUUUCUUGAAUAUGGCAGCAAACAUUGCUCUGCAAUUUGCGGCUGAAGUAUUACCGACACCCGCUCGUGCCCAAGGCGUUGCCCUUGUUCAUAUAUUCGGCAUCAUAGCACAUUCGAUGGCACCUUACGUUGUUGAAAUGGCACACAUAUGGGACAAACUACCUAUGAUAACGCUUACGGUAGUGUCACUUGUAGCAGCAAUUCUAGUGUUGCAUUUACCCGAAACUAUGGGGGAGGACUUACCACAGACCCUUCAAGAAGGUGAAGACUUCGGUAGGGAGCAAAAGUUUUGGUCUGUACCUUGUACUGGAAAAAAGUCUAGGCCAAUUUGAAUAUCCCUACCUUACUAGAUCACACCGUAUAUUAAGUAUUUUGAUUGUGAUAAUGAUAAUAUGAAACGAAAUAAAUACAAACUAGAUGUUCGAACAAGGUGAUAUUCAUGUUAUUAGAUCCGUUGAGUAAUAGCUUUUAUUCUGUGCACUGUUUGAUAUUCUACUAUAGUAUACUGAAAUGCGCUUAGCGUUAGAACAUUUUCUCGCCCAUCCUUCGGUAAUCCGAUUAUGGUGACUAAACUAAUGGAGUAUAUUUUGAAAUCAUUCAACAAUUGAUUAUAAGAGAUUUUGGUGGUUUUAAAUUAAUCCAGCUAUUUCCUCUAACAACCGUUACAGUAUAUGGACAGGCGUGUAAUCUCAGAAAAUUGUUUCUUUAUAUUUCUUAAGUACUCAAUUGCUUUGUAUCAUAAUUCCUGCAUUGAAGUUCUGUCACGCAUACGCAUCCUUAAUUCACAUUUCUAUUAUACGAUACACAUCAUAUGAUAACUUACGUGCUGAGUGAUCUCGUUGUCAGACUUUCAUAUUCAAUAAGAAAACGUCUGUGAAAGACCAGAACAUUUGUACUUACCUGAAUAUACACUACCUGUAAUAAACUAAUAAUUAUACAAAAUGGAACUUACAUUUUUGAA